AGGAAGUAGUGGCUUCCCGUGUAGAAAUAGGGGCGUAGCCACAGCUGAGCCGAGCGACAGUCCAGGCGCAAGGAGGAAGGAGAGAAGACUACAGCCAGAACUAAACAACUGGGGCAAAAGCAAGGGGAAAAGGAAGGAAGGAAGGAAGGAAAAUGGGGACGUGGAACUGUCAGCAACAGCGGGAAUAAAUCUGAGGGGGGGACCACACCGACACCUCCCCCCUCAAAAAAGGUGAGCACUGCAGAGUACAAUUGCCAGCACAAAAACAGCCCUAGAAAGUUGCUUCGUAAGUUACAGGUUUCCGGCACGCAAGUCACUUCCGUGCUGGGAAGUGGCAUCUCCUGAGAAGAGGACCACAGAGAGGACAGCUGCGUUUGUCUCUGAGGAUAGCCAAUGUGGAGCCGCCUUCCAGAUGUUGUUGCGUUCUCCAACUUCCAUCAGCCCCAGCCAGCACGGCCGAUGAGCAGGGAGGAUGCGAGCUGGGUGCCAGCAACAUCUGGAGGGCCGACAUGUUUGCUGCCCCUUGAGAGAUGCUGCUGGUCAGAGACGCUUGGCCGGUUGGAGACCUGGCAACGGCCCGUCUCAGCUGAAGGCGGCUUCACCAGGUGUAAAUUCCCACAUGUGCGGCGGUCUGGUGCAGGUGUGGGUCUGGUUGCGUUUCCGCAGGGCUGCAUCUGGCAUGGUUUGCACAGAUGGGCCUUGUGCGGUUUUGCGUGUUGUUUACACAGCUAGGCAGGGUGGGAUAGGAGAACCUGGCUUGGAAUACGGCGCGUGUGGUUUUAUGGACUGCUAUUUUAAUGGGUUUUCACGGAUUCUUAUCUGCUGCGCAAAUAAGGGGCAUAUAAACCACCUAAAUAAAUAAGCAUAAUGCCCUCUUGUAGGUUGUGUGUAAACGGUUGCACAUGCCUGCCUUUCGCCAUGGGCCAAAACUAAACUUGACCGUGUGACGUUGUUGCCCAUGACCCGGUCCUGAUCCGAAUCCGGAGGGUAGGACUCGAACCAAUGGCUUCAAGUUACGAGGAAGGAGAUUCUGACUACACAUCAGAAAAAACUUUCUGACAGCAAGAUCUGUUUGACAGUGAACAGGACGCCCCUCAGAAGGUGGUGGACUCUCCUUCUUUGGAGGUUUUUAAGCAGACGGUAGAUGGCCAUCUGUGAUGGAUGUUUUCGCUGAGAUUCCUGCAUUGCAGGGGUUGGACUAGAGGACCCUCAAGGUCCCUUCCAACUCAACAAUUUUAUGAUUCUAUGAAUCGGGCCUCCUCCUUACAUCUGCUGAUUUGCCAUGGGAGGAGAAGCCCUGGGGGAAGCCUGGAUACUCUGUUUCACCGGCCUCUGAGGGGACUGUGAAGGGCCUGAAAGAAAUGUGGGGCAGCCUCUCUCCUGUACCCCCCUCCCCAUCUUCCUUGGGGCUUCUUAAGGACCUGUCUGCCCUGAGGGAAGGCAGAAGCCCUGGCCAGGGGGAGGAAUUCAUUAUAGCAUUAAGCUUGUCCCAUCAGCGCAAGCUUGCUAGCUGGAACCAUCUACCCUGAGCCAAUUUGGGGGGCAGGGGGUGCACAGGGUCAGAGAGGGGGCAGGAAGCCCCAUUGCACCAGCAGAAAUCCUUGCAUUGGUUUCUGCUAAUUGAAUGCAGCCCUGCACUUAAGUUGCCCUGUGAAUGUUCUGCAGCAUCUGUUCAUUCUAAUGUUUGGCUUGGCAGUGCAGUAAAUAAAGAAAUGCAAUCAGUUCCCCCGCUAUUGCCUGCCCGUUGGUCGUUUGUUAAAAAACAACAGCAGCAGCAGCAAGGGGCAAACCACGUCAACACCAGCUCGGUCUAGUUUGGCCUGCAGGGAGUGUCCUCUCUGGGUAGGAAAUGUGUCAUGUGUGAGGAAGCUCUUUGGAGAAUGAGGAUUGGCCAUGUUUAGAAUUUAGAAAUCCUGGCAGCUUGAGCUGAAUGUCCCCUUGAGGCUGCAAAGUAUUUCUCCCUCCUUCUCCCAAAGGACGCUUCUUGGCGUUGUUGCUCAGGGCCAAACAACUCUUGAGCACAGACCCUAUUUUCCAGGGACGUCCCUGAUUUAGAGAAGCUGUCCCAGUUUCUGAUUUGAUCCUAGCAUGUCCCACUUUCCCUUAAAGGGAAAGGGAAAGGGACCCCUGACCAUUAGGUCGAGUCGUGGCCGACUCUGGGGUUGUGGUGCUCAUCUCACUUUAUACGCCGAGGGAGCCGGCGUACAGCUUCCAGGUCAUGUGGCCAGCAUGACUAAGCCGCUUCUGGCAAACCAGAGCAGCGCACGGAAACGCCGUUUACCUUCCUGCCAGAGCAGUACCUAUUUAUCUACUUGCACUUUUGGCGUGCUUUUGAACUGCUAGGUUGGCAGAAGCAGGGACCGAGCAACAGGAGCUCACCCCAUCGCGGGGAUUUGAACCACCGACCUUCUGAUCGACAAGCCCUAGGCUCAGUGGUUUAACCCACAGCGCCACCCAUGUCCCCAUUUUUCCUUAGGACGUCUUUAUUUUCAUUGGAGAAAUGUUGGAGGAUAUGGAAUGUUUAAUGUUUUAUUAUGUUUUUAUUUGUGUUGGAAGCCGCCCAGAGUCGCUGGGGCAACCCAAUAAGAUGUGUGGGGUAUUUAUAGUAAAAUGAUCAUUGUGGAAUGGGACGUGCCUAUUUUCAUCAGAGAAAUGUUGGAGGGUAUGGGAGCAUGUGCCGACAGACUUUUCUCUCUGGCAAGUGCCACUUCUGAAAGAAUUUGAUGUGCGGACAUAGGAACCUCGGAAACUGCCGUAUACCGAGUUAGACCUCUUUGGUCCCUCUAGCUUGGUCGUGUUUACACUAGGGAAGGGGAACCUGUGGCCCUCAUGAUGUUGUUGGACUGCCACAAUCAUUUUAGGCUGCGGAAGUGCACUGCAACAUUUUGCUGCAGGCCAUAGAAAAGUGCCUUUCAUUAUACUAAGUCAGAUCAUUGGCUCAUGGAGCUCAGUAUACAGCGGCUAGCAGCUGGAUUUAUGGCAGGAGUCUUUUGCGAGUCCUACCUGGGCGUGCCGUGGAUUAAACCCGAGGCCUUCUGAAUGCAAGGCAUGUAUCUUUAAAACGGCACAGUUCACACACUGAAGGGAAGUAUCAGCAGGUUUGGGGAAAACCCCAAGGUUUGCAGAAAGAAGUGGACCAGAUCUUUAGAGGAAAAAGUUCUAAGGGGAGACCCCCCACCAACAGUCUGGUGAUUUAGUGGGCAUGCAAUGCAGAUUAAGGCCACACCUGCGGCUUACCAUUAAAUCAGUAUUACACCACUUUAAGCAGUCAUGGCUUCCCUCAAAGGAGCCUGGGAACUGUAGUUUGUUAAAGGUACUGAGAGAGUUGUUGGAACGCCCCCAUUCCCCUCACAGAGCUACAAUACUCAGAAAUUCUCUGGGAAGAGGGAUUGAUUGCUAAAGCGCUCUGGAAAUUGUAGCUCCGUGAAGGGGAAAAUGGUCUCGUAACAACUUUCUCGGCACUUAUAACAAACUACAAUUCCCAGGAAUGUUCAAGUGGUGUAAAAGUGGCCUUUGUGUGUGUGUACAUGUAGGGGGGACAGGGAGCAUCUCAAACCCCAACGUUUAGCCUGGACACUGAGGUUCUCCUCCAAGGGCCUUCUGGUGGUUCCCUCACUGCAAGAAGUGAGGUACACAGGGAACCAGGCAGAGGGACUUCUCGGUAGUGGCUCCUGCCCUGUGGAACACGCUCCCACCAGAUGUCAAGGAAAUAAACAACUAUCUGGCUUUUAGCAGACAUCUGAAGGCAACUCUGUAUUGGGAAGUUUUUAAUGUCCGAUGUUUUGGGUGUUUUUAUAUGUUGUUGGAACUCUGAAUAUGAGCUCUCCACACUGCAACAUUUUGUUGCAGGACCCAAUUGUAUUUUACACCCCUCAGCCACACACAAACACUUCUUUAGAGAAACAGAUUGCAGGGGUGGGGUGCAGGGAGCAGGUAGGAGUGCCUGAAAGGCACCAACGGGGACGUGAACUUUGCACAUUCCCAGAAACCCUCUUUUCUUUACCAUUAUGCCUUGUGUUUCCACAGCUAUGUCCUUUGUAUUUUUUAAAAAGGAAACUUUGGGGAGGGUUCGAUAAAGAAAACGGUGCUCGUGGCAACUUUCAGACUUGGGUGGAAAGCGGAAUUUCUCCGCAGGUGUAGUAACUCGCCAUGCUGGGUUUGAAAUUCCCCUUUCAAAACGACUGUGGGGCCCUCUUCUCUUUUUCAGCCGGCCACCUAGGUUAGGGGGCUGAGCCUGUGUGCGAUUAGUCCUGUGACUCAGCCCAGAAUUUGGAGAAGAAACUGAAAACAACAACCUUCCCUCCCAGCUGCGGGCCCAUGACGUGACAUGUUUUGCCUGACCACAGGGAGGGGAGAAGUCUAGUCUGGUAUGGGUGGUGGUGGCAACUUAUGGGGCAAUAGGGAGAGCCAGUGACAGGCAGGACCAGAAACAUCUCCUGCUCCUUUGGUCCCUAUCCUAGAAUCAUAGAGUUGGAAGAGACCACAAGGGCCAUCGAGUCCAACCCCCUGCCAAGCAGGAAACACCAUCAGAGCACUCCUGACAUAUGGUUGUCAUCCUCGUCCCUGCCAAGUUGUACAAGGAGCAUUGAGGCCACAGAGGAGCAGGCAGCUGACAGCCAGGGCCACCCUCUGGGCCGGAUGCAAGUGAGAGAGCAGGCAAGGUAGGGGCAGGCUGAGGGCAGUGACAUCCCACCCCUUGCCCCGUGGAGGGGAGACGUAGCUGGAAAGGAGAGGUGCCGUAGCAGAAUGAGGAGGAAGGGAGGGGUGGCGCCACCUGGCUUUCCCAGCCAAGGCUCCUGUGCCCCUAAGAGCUGCGUGGCAGGCAGAAAUUCAAAAGGGGAAGUUUAUUCCCGCCCAUGCAUUUAGCUUCUGCUCGUCAUGCAGUUCUUAAAAGGCGCAGGAGCGCAGCAAGGGGGGGAAGUUGGCAACCCUAAAUUGGACUUCAUUUUUUCAGCUUUCGGUGCUGAUCUUUGUGGUCUUUUCUAUUGAAUCUUAAUCUAUCAUGCUUUGUUUUGAUAUUGUGACACGUCACCCCAGUCUCCAUGAGAGGGUGAUAUUCCUGCGGCUCCAGGGUUUAUUGUUCCUUUUGGGCAUGAGGCACAGCAGAGACUGUGGUGUCUUCAUUAUGAUAUAUGGUUUUACUGACACAUAUAAACAACCUGAGGGAUGCGGGUGGCACUGUGGGUUAAACCACAGAGCCCAGGGCUUGCCGAUCAGAAGGUCGGCGGUUUGAAUCCCCGCGACAGGGUGAGCUCCCGUUGCUCGGUCCCUGCUCCUGCCCACCUAGCUGUUCGAAAGCACAUCAGAGUGCAAGUAGAUAAAUAGGUACCGCUCCGGCGGGAAGGUAAACGGCCUUUGUCCCCUGCUGAUGGCCGAUCCAGCUAGCUCUGCCCAGAUGGCUUGGCUCAUGAGUGUAACUAAAUCCUGUCGAUUUCCAUCUUCGGCAAAGUUUAAUCAAGCCUUGAUUAAUUUUAACUUUUACUACAUCAUAACACAUUUAGGGGCAUCUAGCGCCCCCCUCCCGAACUCAUAACAAUAUUUUGCUCUCUUUGAUGUUUUGUGAGAGUUUGUUUAUUUUUAUUGGGCAUGCAUGGAAGUGAUUUAACUGAGGGUUGCCAUAUUUCAAAAAGUGAAAAUCCAGACACAAAUGCUUUUUGAGCUUUUAAUUUGGCAAAGUUGCUGAGCUUUUUUUUUACACAUUCUCAAAAAAGAAAAAAAAAAGAAAAAGGGAAAGUUUCUGAGCUAAGGAAAUUCGCCAAAAGCCAACACGUUUUGAAAUAAAAUCCAACCUGUGCAGCUGUUGACCUUCACAGCGAACGACCGAUAUAAGGUGCAGGAGCAGGCAAGGCCACAUUUCCCAGGUCAGUUGGCCCCCCUACUUUAAUUCUUUUGCAGCCUUUCCCAGAGGAACCUGGUGCGCAUAGGACUGAUGGCGUGGAACACGAUGAGAUGGACAAUAAGUGUAGCCAAUGGCAGGCCGAGCAAGAAAUAGGUGGCAGCAACUUACUCUGGUUUCAAAGAAUCACAGAAUUGCGGAGUUGGGAGAGUCUUGUGCCUGGCCCACUGAGCUAUCACUGUCCUCUUGCCUGCUGAGUUCUACAAGGGAAAACACUAAGGAAUCUGAGGAGGAGGAAGAGGAAUCUGGCAGGCCGAGCCACACCUCAGCCUGGUGGUCAGAAGGCAGGCAGGGGCAGGCUGGCCAAGGGCAAGCAGCCCUUGGUGGGCACUGCCCUGCUUGCCCUCACGGCCCAGCGUCCGCUGCGACCCUCCCCUUCCUUCUAUUGUCUCCCAGAUGUCCAAAUUUAGCUUUAAACUCUUCAGAUCAAGGAGCUAUUGUUUGGGGGGAAAGGGGGGAAAAAAGAGAGGGUGUUUAUGCUAACAUCUAAAAAUGUUGUGCACAUUGAUGGCCGCAGAUGAUGAAUUAACUGGGUUCAGUUAAUGCACUCGGUGGCACUCAGCAAUGUUUCUGAAUACCAGUUGCUGGAAAUUGCAGAAGGUGGGAGGGAUCUUGUGCUCGGGUCCUGCUUGGGGGUUCCCCCAAAAGGCCCCCGGUCGGCCACGGUGAGAACAGCAUGCUGGACGAGGUGGGCCAUUCGCAAGAUCCAGCAGUACUUUUAGAAUUGUAGAGUUGGAAGAAACCCUGAGGAUCAUCUGGUCCAACCCUCUGCAAUGUAAAAAUAUGCCACUGUCCCAUACGCCCCAUAUGCAGAUUGAACCUGCAAUCUUGAUAUUAUCAGCACCAUGCUGAUACCAACUGAGCUCUCUUCUCUGCAUAUAUAUAUAUAUAUAUAUAUAUAUAGUCUCCAACAAUAUUUCAAAGCAUUUAUCAUCAUAUAAUUUUUUAAAAAAACAUACAAAGUUUCUUCUUGACUUCCCACCCUUCCUUCUUGAUGUUUGUUUUUUAUUCCUUCUUAUGAGCUAUUUUGUGGGACGAGGGUGGCGCUGUGGGUUAAACCACAGAGCCCAGGGCUUGCCAAUCAGAAGGUCAGCGGUUCGAAUCCCCGCAAUGGGGUAAGCUCCCGUUGCUCGGUCCCUGCUCCUGCCAACCUAGCAGUUCGAAAGCACGUGAAAGUGCAAGUAGAUAAAUAGGUACCACUCAGGCGGGAAGGUAAACGAUGUUUCUGUGCGCUGCUCUGGUUCGCCAGAAGCGGCUUAGUCAUGCUGGCCACAUGACCCGGAAGCUGUAUGCCGGCUCCCUUGGCCAAUUAAGUGAGAUGAGCGCCACAACUUCAGAGUCGUGACUGGACCUAAUGGUCAGGAGUCCCUUUACCUUUUUAUGAGCUAUUUUCUUCGGUUCUUAUGAAUUGACAGGGCUCAGAGACUAGAGAUUUAGCUGGAGCAUACUAUUUUCUUCUCCAAACACCCCACCAAUCUUUAGAAAGCAGGAACUGCUACAUUCUGGGAUGAGACUUGCGGGGGACAAGGAAUUAGCUAAUCUCCUUUCUUCUCUGCUGCCCAGGACAAGGGGGAAAGCGAUUUUCUUGGCCACAAGAGUCUUCGGCCAGCAGGCAGAGAAUAAACCAAAAGAAGGAUGGAGGAAAUGGACGUGAUAGUGGAAGAAGAGAUGCGACUGGACGUCAGUGCGACAGCCACAGAGGAACAGGUAAGGGGCUGAUGUACCUCUCAGAGGAAUAAGGGCCAAGCAGAACCUUUGGCCUUCUGGGUGCUGCUGAACUACAGUUCCCACCAGCCAGAGGUACCCCAUGCUUGAACUUAAAUGUGAGAACCAGAUGGGCCAUUGGCCUGAUCCAGCCAGCCUCUUCUCGCAUUCUUAAACUGCACGUGCGCCACUGAAAAUGGCAGCAGCCGAUAUCGUUCCCUCUAAAAACAAAUCUGGGAGGCUGAAUGCCAACAGAAUCGAAGGCAAAAUGGGACCGCUAGGAAACAAGAGGGCCGUAUUAGCAUGCUAGGCUGAGCCCCAAGAGGUAUGCAGGAGCACAAAUGAAAAGGGGAACUCGCAUCCAGUGAGGGCUGGCAGCAGGAGGGUCUGCUGGUUGAGCAAAACAGGAUGUCUACAUCCAGUGGGUUUUUCCAGCCAGAGCACAGUUCCGGCACCUAUCAGGUGGGCGUCAUUGCGGGCCGGCGCUCUCCCUGCCCACUUUGUGCCUUUAUGUACUUCUGAGAAGCCCCAAAAGAACAUUUCAAGUCAAAAGAGAAACUGGCCACUGUGUGCAAGUCUACACUUUUUUACAGAUCUGUGAUUCUACCUAGCUCCUCCGUUCCUGUAUAUGAUUGGUCAAGGCGGCCACACCCAUAGCUGUCAACCGUCCCUUAUUUGGCGGGAAAGUCCCUUAUCCCAGUGCUGUGUCCCGCUGCUGUCCCUUAUUGAUGUUGUCCCUUAAAUUUCCCAGGUUUCAAAGGAAGCAGCUCCUCUCCCUCCCUCCCUGCCGGCCAGGGAGGAGGGAGGCUCCAACUGUGUUGCUUGGCUGCGUUGCUCACCCAAUAAGGAGUCUAAGAACGACUGGGGGGUGGAGCUUGCAUGCCUUGUGCCAAUCAAAUCGGCCGCGUUGCCUGGGGACUCGCCUUUCUCAGUGCUUCCCAGCGGAGAGGUGACGGUGGUUUUCCUUGCUGCAUCCCCUUUGCUGGGUUGCUGCGCUGUGGGAACCACUGCUUGAGGCUUCGUUUGGCUGCUGGCUGGGCUUUCUGCCUUUGGCUUGGAGGAGCUCAGAAGUUGAACAUACCUGUGCUUGGAAAAUCCCUUAUUUUGGCUGCUGAUCCCUUAUUUUCAAGGCUGCUGAUCCCUUAUUUUCAAGGCUGCUGUUCCCUUAUUUUCAAAUCUGUAAGUUGACAGCUAUGGCCACACCACACUCAGGACUCAGCUACCUUAGUCAAAAAACAGCGUUUCGAAUGUGUUAUAAACAUGCAACACCAGAUGGCGCUGGAGAGCAAAAAAAAUUCCUUGCGAUUUUCCAUAGCGUUUUCUUUUCUUUCGUUAUAACGAUUACUGACAUUUACAGUGUUUUUGUCCUGUGUGUAGAUCCACCCCCACUCUCAUUUCAGAGAAAUUGUUUGGAAGGCACUUGCUCAUUGCACCCCAUAACCUUCUUUCUAGGAAGGUUAGAGACUUACUUUCAACCUUGCUUCCUGCUCCACAGCAGAUCCAGGCCUCCUCUCAAGAUGACCUCAGUCUCCUGCCAAACCCGGGUCCUCUUUUGCGUCCAAAGCAGAGAACACGGCAGACGGAUCCCGCGCGGCCCUGGAGGUCCCUGCCAGCCACCCCUACGGGGGAGAUGGAGAAAGAUCAGGCGGGUAAGAUGAGAAUGCCAGCCUGCUAUCGCUGGUCAAAUCCACACCAUGCAUGGCAAACACAAUCGAAUCACAAAGGAACUUUCCCUUUGCGGAGCUACAAUCCUUAGUAUGCUUGACAGAUUACAGCUCCCAGUAUUCUUUGGCAGAAGGCAUGUGCUUCUGCACAUCUAUGGUGUGUAUGAGACCUCCUUUCCCAAAUAAAUAAAUAACUUUUUAUUUGUAGCCCGCCCUCAGGGCGGCUAACAUCAUGAAACUAAGACAGUAUACAAAGAACAUAAGAACAGAAAAACAGGCAAUCAAUUACUUAAAAUACAUCUUAAAAUUAGUUCAGAGCAAAUUAAAAUCUGGACAGAUGGCAGUCCACGGGUAAAAUUGAGAGUGGUUAAUAUUCUCCAGGGCCAACUGUUACCACUGGUCUUAUAAAGGACCUGUGAGCGGGCUAGGAGGCCUCUUUAAUGCUUGUUCUUCUACAGAAAGAAAAGAAUCAGACUGAACCCCGACCAAAGUCCUGGCGGAACAGCUCCGUCUUGCAGGCCCUGCGGAAAGAUGUCAAAUCCCGCAGGGUUAACAACUUUAUUUUAGCAGACCAGUUCCUGUGCGUUUAAGCCAGAGAUGCCUGCAUUACCACAGGUGCUUUAACUUAAAAAGUUGCUUUAACUUUUAUUUAAAGCACAUUAAAAAGGGACGUGGGUGGCGCUGUCGGUUAAACCACAGAGCCUAGGGCUUGCCGAUCAGAAGGUUGGCGGUUCGAAUCCCCGCGACGGGGUGAGCUCCCUUUGCUCAGUCCCUGCUCCUACCAACCUAGCAGUUCGAAAGCACAUCAAAGUGCAAGUAGAUAAAUAGGUACCGCUCCGGCGGGAAGGUAAACGGCGUUUCCGUGCGCUGCUCUGGUUCGCCAGAAGCGGCUUAGUCAUGCUGGCCACAUGACCCGGAAGCUGUACGCCGGCUCCCUUGGCCAAUAAAGCGAGAUGAGCGCCGCAACCCCAGAGUCGGCCACGACUGGACCUAAUGGUCAGGGGUCCCUUUACCUUUAAAGCACAUUAUUUCUUCUCCCAAAGAAUCCUCACACAGUUACAGUUCCUAGCACCCUUAACACAUUACAGUUCCUAGGAUUCUUUGGGGGAAGUAAUGUGGUUUGCGCGUGUUUUAAGUGUACGGUGCGUGGAGUUGUGUCACCAUAGCACCAAUGAGACCCAUGUUCACAUUCCCAGUCGCCCCCAAAACUCAGCGGGUGACCCUGGGCCAGUCACCAUCUUUCAGACUGGCCUGCUUUGCAGGGCUUUUUGUGUGGAUAAAGUGGGGGAGGGAGGAAGAGCGGGGGAAGGUGCCGUUGUACAUGGCCCCAAAACCCUAGGAGGAAAGGAUUAUAAAACAAAACAAAACAAUUUUGGCCUGAUCCUGCCCUUAGGCUAUUUUUAGUGUCUGUGUAUAGCGCAAGAUUGAAACCAAAUGUUUGACAAAAUGAGCUGCGUCUAUUUUCUGACUUCCUAAUUAUCGCAAACAAAAUCCUGUAAACCUUUUGCUAACCCUUAUUCACUCCGUCAAGAUUAUACUUCCUGUACUUCUCAUGAAACAAACAAAAAACCCCUGCACCAAUCAUUAAGCUGAAGGGGCUGGAAUUACUUUUUCCAUUAGGCUCAACUUUUUCAGAAAGGCUGCAGAAACCCGUCUGCAAAAUCUAGCCUUUUUGCAUGAACUGCUCAUUUCUUUAAGGAAGGUGUUUAUUUAGAAAUAGGCAAAAAGCUUCUGAACUUCAAAAAGAAAGAAAGAGACGCUAUUUGUUCUUGUCCCGGAUGCUCCCAGUGUGUAGGUGCUAAAGUACACUGCGCUUGACAGGAGUUUGCAGAAGUUUCUGUUGAUUAUGAGGAAGUCAGACGCCAGAGACAUUUGCUUGGCUCAGGGCUGCUGCAACUCACCUUGAGCAAGCUAAACCCUGUAAGUUUUCUUCUUUUUUUUUAAAGAAUAAUUUUUUAUUAAUCGAUCAAUCACAUCAAAUCAAACCAAAUUACAUAAAUUCCAAAUUACACAGCCGAAUUUUAAAUUUUUGUUGGGGGUACCCAUAUUUCAAGUUCCGAAGGGAUCCAAUCAACUUCUUGCUUCUUACUGCUGUUUUAAUGUCCACAAAUCUAACCUUAUGAUGUUCACAGUACUAUCCAGUCCUUUCUUAUUAUUUUUCCACAUCUCUUGUUGUUAUUUUCAUAUAUUUUUCCUUUCUCUUUGUGACCUCUAAUAGUCUCCGCAAGCUGGUUAGAACAGUUUGUAAUCCUGCGUGGAUAUUUUUUUUUAUCCAGUAGCCAUAUCCAGACGUUUUCCAUAUAACAUCACUUCCAUACAUCAAAACAGUCUUAGCGUCAUUAAUCUUCACCAAUCUGCCUCCUUUCUCAAAACCUCUGAGGAGAUUCACUAGGAAUGCAGUCUGAAAACAAAUCCGUUCUUCCUCCCGGCUGUAAAUCCUUUGGCAAGAUGGUGACUCUGAAUUAAUUGCUGCGCCAUUCCCAAAAGCUCUUAUUGCUUCUCGGUCUCCAUAAAGCAUACUUUUGGUUAAAGUUUAUCUCCACACAGACCUUAAUCAUCCUGCUUGGGUCAGUUCAACCGACGGUUCUAAUGAGGAGGGGUUCUUGUAAAUCACAUAGAAGGAAAGUAAAAAAGUCCCCCCCCCCAUUCAGCCCCGUUGUCAACAUACCCCGCCUUUGGUGUAUCUUCAUCGUAAAAUAUUCCUGUUUCUCCAGCCCGUCGUCUUCUUUCGCAGAGGUCAUUUAAAUUAGCAGACUUCACUCCCUUCUUCACUUGAAAUAUGUGCAUUUGCUUCUUUGUAAUUAAUUAUUCCAAAUUGCUGCAACUAGUGCGCGAUCAGAGACAGCGUCCAGGAGAGCCGAUGUCCACACGGGGGCAUUCUGCCUAGGGCCCUCACCCCUUUCUUUCGAAUUAGGGGGUGAUUUAUGGGCACAGCAGGUAAGGGCAGUGUUCCCCAUUUCCUUGGGGCAACAAGGGAGGCUGCCUACUCCCAUAACAGCCUCUUAAUUACCCCGUGUGGGUCGGAGAGAUGGUAUUGUUGGCCAUCUUCCAAUGCGCCCCCUAGUGGCCCCCCGUAAGUUUUCAGGUUUUGUUUUAAUUUGAACGCUUUAAAAAAACAACCAGACAGUAUAUUCAUCCAUGUUUUAUAUCUGCGCUGUUAUAAGAAAAAACUGCUCCUUUUCCCUUAUGGGGUAUUCUGGAGCCCAUCUAGAGCCCUUAAGUGGGUUCCCUUUUGGUAGGAGAAAUUAACAGAGGCCAACCAGAGAAUAUUGAGAAGCAAAGCAGCUAGUAAGCAUGAUCUUUAUUAAACUGUUGCAACAGGGUGCUCCCCUCACACGCAGGAAAGGAGGAGGACCCUGAACAACGGUGCACAAGCCCUUAUAUAGACUCUUGAAAUUGCCCAACCCUGUAGCCCAAGACCGCCACCCCCUGAAACAGCAUACAUCCAUCACAGAAGGAGGCAGUCUACAGCAGAAAUCAUGUCUGCCAGGGUACAGUGGUACCUUGGGUUACAUACACUUCAGGUUACAGACUCCGCUAACCCAGAAAUAGUACCUUGGGUUAAGAACUUUGCUUCAGAAUGAGAACUGAAAUCGUGCUCCAGAGGCACGGCGGCAGCUGGAGGCCCCAUUAACUAAUGUGGUGCUUCAGGUUAAGAACAGUUUCAGGUUAAGAACGGACCUGCGGAACGAAUUAAGUACGCAACCAGAGGUACCAAUGUACCUGAUAAUAGUCACUGACUGCAUUACCUGGGCAGUCUGGCCAUUCUUUUGUGAUGGUUAAUACUUUAGUUCCUGACUCCAGGUCACAGGAUCACCCUAUUCAUACACAAAUACACCCCAAAAGACAAUUGAGGGGGGCGGCAUUCCCAUUUCCUUCCUUCUUGCAGAGAAACAUUUGAGGUCAAUUUGGGAGAGUCAAAAUGGCUUCAGGAUUGCUCUCCUGUACUAUUUCAGACCCGUGCUUUAUAUAGUUAUGUAUGUGUUUGCCUUGUACAUUUAUGAACAUUUAAUUUAUAUUCGAGACCUUAGAAUUCUUAUAACAGUGCUAAUAGGCAUUUGGUGUAUUUGGGGUCUUAUCCCUUCAGGAUUCCUGGGGUCUUGGCCCUCAAACAGGGCCUCUGCUCCUUUGGAGAAUUGAAGGCAUGGCGGAGACGGUUGUAGCUUUCAGAAAUAUGGCUUAUUCCCAUAUUUAUAUCUGAGUUUGGAGGGAGGGAGUCCGGAUCUUACAGCAUGUUCCUUUCAAGAGGGGUGUCUUUCCCACAGCCCUGGAGUCAAGGGCAUCUGCCCAAAAUGGAUCUCUUGUCUUUGUUCUCCCUUCCUCUUCCCAACACACCUUGAUAAAGACACUCUUUCCUCCCACAACUGGCAACCCUCAAAAUCCCCAGUCUCUGUUCACACCUCAGGCUAGCCCAGGAAUCCCUCAGCAGCUAGUAUUUCUCUCUUCACAUCUCAAAUAACCAAAAUACUACCACUUAUUAAUUUGGGGGGUUCAACCUCCCCCACCAAAAGAAAACUUACAACAAUAUUUAUUGGACUAGAAUGUUGCAGUCUUCUCCAAAGAUUUCCAGGCGUAUCCUACCUUUGAAAGACCUACAUUGGCUCCCAGUAUGUUUCCGAGCACAAUUCAAAGUGUUGGUGCUGACCUUUAAAGCCCUAAACGGACACAGCCCAGUAUAGCCCAUCGUUCAGGCCGGACACUGAGGUCCAGCUCCGAGGGCCUUCUGGCAGUUCCUUCACUGUGAGAAGUGAGGUUACAGGGAACCAGGCAGAGGGCCUUCUCAGUAGUGGCGCCCGCCCUGUGGAACGCCCUCCCUUCAGAUGUCAAGGAAAUAAACAACUACAGUGGUACCUUGGGUUAAGUACUUAAUUCGUUCCGGAGGUCCGUUCUUAACCUGAAACUGUUCUUAACCUGAAGCACCACUUUAGCUAAUGGGGCCUCCUGCUGCCGCCGCACUGCCGGAGCACAAUUUCUGUUCUUACCCUGAAGCAAAGUUCUUAACCUGAAGCACUAUUUCUGGGUUAGCGGAGUCUGUAACCUGAAGCAUAUGUAACCCGAGGUACCACUGUAUCUGGCUUUUACAAGACAUCUGAAGGCAACCCUGUUUAGGAAAGUUUUUAAUGUUUAAUGUUUUAUUGUGCUUUUAAUUCUUUUGGGAGCUGCCCAGAGUGGCUGGGUAAACCCAGCCAUAUGGGCGGGGUAUAAAUAAUAAGUUGUUGUUGUUGUUAUCAUUAUCAUUAUUAUUUGAAGUGAUGCAGGGAAACUGAAGGGGUGGUUGCCGAAAGCCUAACUCCCUAGGAUCCUCUUACUCCAAAUGGUCCCCUGGUGAGGGAGGCCUUUUGGCUUCCACCAACAGUUUUCCGGGGGGGGGGUAGGUACUUUGAAGUCUCCGAGCACAGGCUCAUGUGGCACAGACUUGGGCAUGCUAACGUGUGCCCACAACACAAAUUUGGGCAGGGAGAACCGUUCUGGAGCACAGGUGGGGACCUCAGAAGGGCCACGAAAUUCCACUACUGACAUACGCCUGGAGGUUUCAGCAGACGCGCAACCUCAGCAUUUCCAAACUUUGGUUGACAGUCAUAAGGGUUAGAAACUUCAAACCAGUUAAUGUUUUGAUUGGGUGACGCUGGAGGAUCUGAAGCUUUGACACCCAGGAUUCCCUGUUAUCCUUCUGCCCUCUGCGUAUGGCUGUUCUGCUACACAAUCUGUUCUCUUUCCUCUCUUCUCCCAGUCUUCUUCUCUUCGCUGACCUCUCUCCAAGCGGAGGAGUUUUUUGACAUGGUGGCCAAAGCCCAGGCCCGGAGGCUUGAUGACCAGCGGGCUGAUUUUGAGGAGGCUGCGGAAAUGUGUGCGGGCAACUCGAGGGUCUCUGAAGAGAAGCUCUAUGACACUAUCUUGGCUCAUCAGGUGAGCGAUGAGGUCUCCAGAUAAGGCCUGGGUGGACGUUGGUGCUAGCAGAGCCUCUUGAUGUUGAUGAUGAUGAAAAUGUUGAUACUUCCCUUCCGUCUGACGUUCCCAGGGUGGUUAACAUUACCUAUCCUGAAAUCCAACUACAGCGGGAUCUGCAACAAAAUGUUGCAGCAUGGAGUGCUUCUACUCAGGAUUGCAACCCCCCCCCAGCAGUCAGUCAGCCUCUUGCAGCUACUGAGCAUGCUCAGUCCUCCUUAAGGAUGGCAGCAAAUUCUCCUCCAAGCAGACACAGAAGCGGAAACUGCCUCAGUUUCCCUGCUCGUUUGUAGUCAGGAACCAAGGCCUCAGGCAAAUUAAUACGACUGGUAUUUGUUAUAGGGUCGUUGUACGUCCGUCCGCCCCCCCCCCCCCCCAUUCUGACAUUUCCUUUGCAUUGAAGCGAAUGGGAUGGAAUCACACAAUGACAAUGUGAUUAAUUACAUUACAUUCAGCCACAGCAAGGUAACUGACAUCGUUUUUAACAGAAGCUGAACUGCAGCUGAACUGCAGCAGCGCUGAUUGCAAGAAACAUGGCUUGGAAAGGACCUUGCUAACUUCCUACAGCCCUAGUCCUUGUGGACUGUUUCCGAGAUUCCCCCAAACAUUAGGGUGUUUCCCCCCCUAAAUACAUUUUCCCCUGUUCUACUUAGUGUUUCCUCAAGUUUGCUAUUACCUCCCAUUUGUGCAUGUUUUGGCUUUCUAAAUUAUGGCACUCAAACCCUAAACAUUGGAAAUGGAGGACUUGAUGUAGCUGUCUUAGGACAAUCCUCAUUUCAUCCUCAUAAUAACCUUGUGAGAUGGAUUAGGCUAGGAGAUGGCAGCUGACUCCGAGGUCACUCAGCGAGCUUCAUGGCUGAGCGGGGAUUUGAACCCUGUUCUCCCAGGUCCUAGUCCGACACUAACCAUUACACCACGCUGCCUCUCAGUCGGCUAGCAGAGCUCAGCAUCUCCUCUUUUCCUUACAGAGCCAGCGUCUCGAAGACCAGCGCACAGAGCCCCCCAUCCCAGUAGGAAUUCAGGGCCUACUGGAUUUGCUGCUCAAAGCCCAAGGCACCCGGAUGGAAGACCAGCGCUCGGCUCUCCCUCCUGGUCUCGGUGGGCCGUCCUUGCUGGGGGCGCACACUUCCUUCCCCAUGCAGUGCCUGAGUCCCCCGGCAGACUCCUCCCUCCAACAGAUGUGGUUCUAGUGACUCGAGACACAUUGCGCCGCAAGACGAAACCCUUGCGAGGCCUAAACUGAGCAAGGCAGCAUGGACUGAGAAAUUUGAAAAAGUUUCAUACUGUGAAGGUAUCCUGUGUUGUAGAAAGAAAAAGAGGGUGGGUGCAAAACUGAGGCAGCCUCUCUCCAAAUGCAGCACCGUAUUUGAUUCCCGGCUAAGCUUUCUGUCUUCAACAAACGUUUCCUUCUAACCCGUCUACAAGCAAAAUGGCCUGAACUGGUGGCAGAAGCAGUAGUGUGGUAUGUUUAUUGGGAGCCAUGGAAAGUCAGGAAGUUUCUGAGUCUGCUGGGACACAGCUUGGGACUCUUAAUCUCAGGGUUGUGGGUUCGAGCCCCACAUUGAGCAAAAAGUUCCUGCAUUGCAGGGGGUUGGACUAGAUGAUCGUCGGGGUCCCUUCUAAAACUCUAUGAUUCUAUGGUUCUACCUCUUCCUCAGGUGGGCAGAGAAAGGGGGGGGGGGGAGAGACCAGACUGAUAAACAAAUAGCAGACGUUAGAUAUGUGUGAUGAAUGAGGUAUUACAAGUGGAUAACUUGUCUUUAGGAGGCAUCAAGCUGUUAGAACCACCACUUUUUGCUAGAUUAAUCCACCAUCUUACACUGUAGCCUCACAGCAAUCUUUUAUGGUUUGAAAACCUGCAGCCCUCCUGAUGUUGCCAGACUUUGCCCUGGUCAGCGUGGCCAAUGAUCAUUGGAGCUGUGGUCUUUCAACAUUUUCCAUAGUCUUUCGUGUUCUAAAAUUAGGGUCAGAAUGUACUGGGGUGUUCGUGUGUGUGUGUGUGUGUGUGCAAUUGAAAUGUAAAUUCAGCUGAUUGAUGCUUGCUUUGAAAGAGAUCGGUUUUACAUGCUUCCAAUCUUUUAUAAAGCAAUGGUGAUGGGUACUGUCUUAUUUAGCUGCUUCCACGCUGUGUCCUGUAAUGCAAUCAUAUGGAAAUGUAAUUACAAUAGCGGCUCUAGAAAUGGAGCUGUUUUCCUCCAUCCUGCCAUCCCUGUCUGCACUACACAUUCAGGGUGCAGCUCUGGUGGGCCUAUGCAAAGUAUCCCAGCAGAGCAGAACCCUCUUUUUGUUCUUACCUGUAAAGGCAAGUGCAAAUGCACCAGAUAUUAUCUGUGCGAUAGUUACCUGUUUUUUAAUUUUUAUUUUAAGUAGUAGCAAACCAGGCGGAAUCACAACCCGAGAACUUGACUGCAAUAGGGUUUUUUGCCCGGUUUAUGUACAGCAGUCCACCUGCAAACCCUCGCUGCCCACGUCCACAGUUGCCAGCUGCUGCGUUGCAAAGCUAAGAUAAAACGGCAGCGGUUGGCUGCCCUUGCAAGAAAAGUUUGUCAUUUUUAUGCACGGUUGCGCUUUAGUGUGGUCAUCAUAAUAAAACUUCCUUGCGUGUUCUUGA